AUGUCUAUAGAGGAACCUUUCGAUGACCCAAAGUACCGAGGAUUUCAGAAGUAUUUCAACAGCUACACCAUCAGGGGAAGGUCCAAUUGGGCCAAGUUAUGGUUAUCAGUAUACGCUGGAGGAUUCGUACUUUAUAAAGUGAUAAAGUGA